GAUCAACCUCCUAAAGAACCUUCACCUAAGGAGGAUCCUAAAGAACCUCCACCUAAAGAGGAUCAACCUCCUAAAGAACCUUCACCUAAGGAGGAUCCUAAAGAACCCCCACCUAAAGAGGAUAAACCUCCUAAAGAACCUUCACCUAAAGAGGAUCCAAAAGAACCUCCACCUAAAGAGGAUAAGCCUCCUAAAGAACCUUCACCUAAAGAGGAUCAACCUCCUAAAGAACCUCCAGCUAAAGAAGUUAAUCCUCCUAUAGAACCUCCAGCUAAAGAAAAUAAUCCUCCUAAAGAAAAGGAUCCGGAAUCAAAUCCUCCCACUAAAACACCAAAGGAAAAUAAUCCUAAGGAAAUUCCUGGUAAAAACGGAAAAGAACCUUCCCCAAAUGAUGAUAAGGCGAAUCCACAAAAAAACGAAUCAAAAGUUCUAAAUAUAAACAUUCCCGAUAACCCACCAUCCGAUAAUGCACCAAAAAAUCCAAAAGAACCCUCUUUAACACCAACAUUUAACUCUCCUCCAGAUGAGAUUUCAUCUCAAAGUGAACAAAAAGCAAAUACAAUCAAUAAAAAUGACAAUCCAAAUAUAGAUAAUAGUGUAUCAGAUGUAGAACAAAAUGCUUCAACCGCUUUUGAUCCAACAAAAGUAAAUGAUCCGUUAUCAAAUCCAAGUUCGACUACCCAACCGAUAUCACCGACAACGGAUAUAGCAGCUCCAAUAAGUCCAUUUGACCCGCGAUCACCUUAUCGUAUACCCGCUAUAAUCGGACUGGUAAUAGCUAUUCUAUUGGCAUUAUUUGCUUUAGCAUUUUUAUUGAGAAAAACAGUGUUUUCAAAAAAAUAUAGUGAACCUCCUUAUCAAAGAACUUAUUCGGUAGAUGGAAGUAUUCAUAAUAAAUUAAUUCAGCGACAAUAUUCCAUGACAGAUCAUAGUUUACCACCAUGGUCUCCAACAUCUUUUGAUAAUGAUGCUGAAGAAAUAAAACUUCCCUCUCCAACCGUCAUACGAAAAUCUUUCUCCCCUCCAGAUUCUCAUUUAGUUGAAAUUAAUUUAAAUGAAAAUAUGUCUUCUACAGCUUACAACAAUAUUUCUUCAACGAAUGCAAAGCGGUCCACACAUUAUAAAGACUUGGCAAGAAAAUCAAGUUUAUUAAGAUAUGUUAAAGAUUUUGAAACAUUCGAUGAUGAGAUAACUGAGGAAGAAUCAAAUGUGAGUAGUAAUUAUGAAUUUCCAAAUCUGCCUGAUCAAACUGUUACUUGGGAAGAAUGUAUGAAAUAA